AUGACCGGCCGAAGUCCCAUCGUCCUUGAGUCCUCGCCACACUUCCGCGCCCCAUCAAUCACCCCGCCGAGCCAUCGUGCCAGUUCGAGCGUUAACGAUUCCUCCUCUCCCGGCCUGCUUUCCCCGUCUACGCUCUUUGGACCAGCUAGCACUGGUGUCAAGUCAGGAUCCCGGGCGCAGCAAAGGCCGGAAGGUGCGUCUACGGCCUUCGCAUCGGCGGAGGGGCUUCGGAAGGCGGAACAACUCGAAGCAGAACGCAAGACAAGAGAGAGACACAAUGCGGACAACGCGAAGGGAGCAGAUGUGGCAAAGGUUUCCAAAGAUGGGGCAACUUCGAAGAAGAGCACGGCGACACUCGCGAAGCCGAAGGCAAGACAGGCAAUUACAGACCUGACUGAGGGGAGUGUGCGACAGCAAAGCCCAUUGCAAAGUCGUGCAUACCAAGAUUUGACUCUCAGAAAAGACUCAGCAGGCUCGUUGCCGAGGAUUAGUCCUCUUGCUCAAGAGAACGACCACUCGGUGAUGACCACGCUGAAGAAGCCAGCCGUUCCUUUGUCCGAGUACGAUUUCGUUGCGGAAGACAUGCCGCCUCCAGCGAAGCCAGCGGCUCAUACAACGAAGCCAGAUCGUAGACUGCGAGCGAAAACAAGUAAGCCAGACAGCGUCGCAAAGGUCAAGAAGCCGAGGAAGCCAGCUGUGAAGGCGACAGAGACUGUUGUCAAGCCACCUCCCAAGAAGCCAAGGAAGCGGUUUACCAAGUCGGAAUCCAUUAUUCUGAACUCAGAUGAGCCCGAAAUGCUCGCCGAGUCCACUGUCGGACUCGGAGACGUCACGAAACGGUAUAACGCGGCGGAUAUUGGCGCAUUUGCGCAUGUUGAAGGAUCGACCAACUUGCACACAAACGAUGUUGACGUUCAACGAGUAACCGCGCUUGAGUCUGGAGCACGUGAAAGUACAUCGGAAAAGUCAACAUAUUUCGCUGAUGACACCAACAACAUUGGCAAGACAUGCCUAUCCGAAAACAACAUCACAGCGAGAUCGCAGUCUCACUCGGUGCUCUCCGCUACAAACUCUGCGAAAUGCCACCCUCCACCGGUGGAUUCGACGGAGAAGUCUAAAGCCUCUCCAAAAGCAGACCUUGCAGAGCAAAGCGACAUGCCCGACAAUGCCACCUUGACGAGCCCUGAGGAGCCACAACGUUGCCUGCUCUCUGUGCUGAGUGGCUUUGGCUACUCAGAGCAAAAUGCCGUUGGAGUGAUGUCGGAACGGACUGAGUCUGGCCAAGCGCUGACAAAGCGGCGACGGAUCGAACUGGCGGACGCUGGGACUGUAGGGCCCGCAAUGCGAAAAGCGGCAGAAGCUCCCGCUCCAGAGCCAGUCAAGAAAGCAAAAGCUGUGAAGAAGAAGCCGCAGACGAUCACCGAUCUGGCAACCAAAGCAUAUCGAGAGCCAGCUCAAGAAACCACUGAGCAGGACUCAGUUUCAGCAUUCUUUGCCCCCCAGAAACAAGAGGCGAACACUGAGGCAGGAGUCACCAACGCUGCUGCGCCGAAGAAGCCAAAGAAACCUCGUAAGCCAAAGACCAAAAAAGCCGAUGUGGAAGGAUCUGCGAGGGCAAAUGCGGGCGGGCAAUCUGCCAAGCCCAAAAAGACGAAGGCGAAGAGCAACGACGCUGCGAGUAUGGCCAAGCUUUAUUCUCCGGGAGCAGCUCGUACAGUGGAGCGAAAUCAAGACUUUCUCUUUGGCACGUCCAGCCAGCUGGCAGUCGAGGAGUCACCCACCUUCAUUCGGGAAAUGCAGAUGGUGCUUCAAGAAUCUGAGGUCUUAGCAGCUCUAUCAUCCAGCCCACAGCUCAAGAGCCGCAUACGAAUUUCAAGUGCUCCCGAAGGGACCAGUCUGUCGAUUGGUCAAGCGUUCAGAGAUCUGUGGUGCACUUCGGCGCGAGACCACGGAGGCGAUACCUUGGAUUCUUUAAGGCCCAACCGCGCUGCAACUCCAUCUCUGAUAACGGAAGGUGAUGAUCGGGAACGUCGUCUCUUGCCUAAUUCUCCGGGCACGCUCAAUACCACGAAGAUGCAUGGGGGAAAUGAGGGCCUUGUCACGGUGGAGGAUGCUCCUGUCGACACAGAAGUAGUACCUCUGCGAGCAGACGAGGCAGUUCCAAACGCUGGUCAUCCGCCUUCAGACGACAGCUGGAUGAUGCUGAAAAGUGACAGCACAGUAGCCGACAUUGCGAACGUCGCCGACACAGCAGUAGUGUCCAAACAAACACUGGUCGAACCAUUGCCACUGCAGCCGCCAUCAAUGCAGAGAGCAGCCACGUCUCCCACGAGACUCAGGGCCGCACUUGAAGAUCUUGAUGCGAAUGCUGGUUUGUUCGCACGCACGUCUCCUGUUAAGGGAAUUAACUUCGGCCAACGAACUUACACGACAGACGUAAGAGCAGAGCAAGCAAAGCGGCCACGCGGACGACCACGGAAAGAUGCAAGUGCUAGCAGAGCAGCCCCAGAAUCUCCGAAACGAAGAGGGAGGCCUCCCAAGGUGGAGCGUAUGGUUGCGGAUUCUGCACCACUGUAUUCACGAAUUGUGUCGUCCAAGACAGGACUGUCGGCUUCUCAACCCACGACGAGCUCCGGCUUUGUAAACAUCGAUGAAAUUUCUGACUCCGAUUCACCAGCUACUCCAUCCCCUCCCCGCCGCCGAGCAACGUCCUCGCCCCCGGCUGUGCAGCCUCUCACGCUCGGCGUUGUUCAGUCGCCAUCCGUCAAGGCCAAAGCACCAGCUGCCGUUACUUCGACGCUGAAACCUGGCGAUGCGGAUUGGCCUACAAUACAAGACAAACUGUUUCCACGGAUUACCCAGGUCGUGACAUCAGUACCUCGGAGCGACGACAUGGACAAUCCCACCUGGCACGAGAAGAUCCUGCUUUAUGAUCCUAUUGUACUGGAAGAUUUGACUGCUUGGCUCAACGAGCAGGACAUUCGAAUCGAGAUACAGAGAUUAAAACCCAAAGCCAAGACUAAGGGCCGGAAAAAGAAGGGCGAGGAGGUUGAGGAACCUGAGUAUGAGACAGUCAGGAAAGAGUUGGAGCCAUGCAUGGUACAGAAGUGGUGCGAGGAUAAGAGCAUUUGCUGCCUUUGGAAGGAAGGACUACGUGGUGGUGUCAGGACCCGGUAUUGA